CCGUGCACACGUAUCCACCAUGAAGUUCAGUGCUGAUGUUAGCUCCGAUCGCAGCAAGAGCAGAAAGGCUCAUUUCACUGCCCCCUCGAGCAUUCGCCGUAAGAUCAUGAGCGCUCCUUUGUCCAAGGAAUUGAGAGAGAAGCACAGCGCUCGCUCCAUCCCCGUUCGCAAGGAUGACGAGGUCAUGGUUGUCCGUGGUACCUACAAGGGUCGCGAAGGCAAGAUUGUCCAGGUCUACCGCAAGAAGUGGGUUAUCCACAUUGACCGUGUCACUCGUGAGAAGGUCAACGGUGCCACUGUCCCCAUUGGUAUCCACCCCUCCAAGGUUGUUGUUACCAACCUUAAGAUUGACAAGAGCCGUCAGGCCAUCCUCGAUCGCAAGAACAGCGCCUCCAAGAAGAACGCCAUGGAGCAGUAAAUUUGCUCUUAACUGUUACUCUAUUUCGAACCAAUAAAAGCGGAAACGUAGACGGCUAUUUUGCAGUUGACUCAUCUUUAAUUAGCUUUUUUUUUAACUUUGAGCAAUAAGUGAAAGGGAUAUACAAUGAGGGUAGUGAUCAAAUGAAGUGCUUUCAAUCG